AUGACCUCGAAAGGGGAUCAUAUUCGGCUGGACAAGGGCACUGUGGUGAAGCACCACUACGAGGUGGUGGCCGCUGUCGGCUCCGGCAACUUCUCCAAGGUGUACCGCGUGAUCGACUUACAGCUCUCUGCCAAGGAGCAGAAGCGCAAGCCGUUAGCCAUGAAGGUCAUCAAGAAGGAGUACAGCAGCGACGCAAAGUACGAGAAGCAGAUGCUGAUUGCACUGCACAAGAACGACAAGAAUCACACGGCGCGUGUGUCGAAGAUGUACGAGUGUUUUGUAUUUCAGGAGUGUCCGGUGUUCAUCAUGCCCAUCCACGGCCCCAGCAUCCGCAACCGCCGUCUCGGCAUCAACCGCGGCGUCGUCACGCACACGAAGCUGAUGGAGUUUGCCUUUGACAUUUUAGAAACUCUCGACUUUGUGCACUUCCAGUGCCACAUGGUCCACACCGACCUAAAACCGGAGAACAUUUUAAUUGCCGAUAGCGACGUCGCGGAGAACUCGAUGGGGGAUGAGUGGGUUGUGUGCGACUUUGGGAGUGCGUCGCUGUGGCGCAUGGACAAGCUCGACUCCGAUCUCAUCUCUACGCGGCCGUACCGUGCGCCGGAGGUGGUGCUGGGCAACAAGUGGCACUACGCGGCGGACAUGUGGAGUGUGGGCUGCAUCCUGUACGAGGUCGCCGUCGGCCACCGCCUCUUCGAAAUCCGCGACGACCUCACCCACCUGCACAUGAUGGACCGCCGCGUGGGAAAGCUGCCGGAGACCUUUACCAAGAACUCACGGUACUCGUCCAAGUUCUUCAACGCGCGUGGCGAGUUCAUCUCGACCCCGGAUGUGAUACGCUUCGGCAAGUGCCGCCUCACGCCUCUUCGCGACAUGUUCCGCGAUGACAAGGACUUCCUGAACUUGCUGGAGGGCCUUCUCGUGUACGACCCCGCUUACCGCAUGACGGCCACGGAGGCGCUUGCCUUACCCAUGUUUGACGACGUUCGCGUGGAGCGUCAGAAGCGCCUUGAGCGGGAGGCGAAGGAGGCCGAGGAACGCCGUCAGCGCCGCCGGGCCGCAGCCGCAGCCUUAGACAACGGCAACAAUGCCGUCGCGGGCAAUGACUCGCUCAUGUCGACCGUCAACAGCAUGUCGGGCACCAUCAACACGCGUCUGACCGAUCGCACGGACCGCAACAUGCUGGGCAGCACCGAGGACGCCAAGAAGACUCCGCGUGCGGGCCCGGCGACGACAAUGCUGGCGUCGAGCAGUCUGCACUUGGGCGAGACGUUGCGGUCUCCUGUGUCCACGUCCAAAGAUGACGCGGCGGCGACUGCGUCGCUCAACAACACACAUCACACCGAACUCGCCGCAGGGGGUUCACGGGUGCACGGGCAUGAGGGUGUGGCGAGUGCGGAGGAUACCGAGCUGGACGCAAGGAUGGCCACGCAUGACUCGCAUACGCCCCUCACAAGUCGCUCCACGACGGAGACGACGACGUCACGGCAGUCGCGGAACGUGUUGCCUCACAAGGCACUCGGCAAGUCUCGCAGCAACGCCGGCAUCCCGUCGCUGAACUCGACGGUUGUGAGCAACAGCGGUGCACCAACGCAUGCGAAGACGCCUGGCAGGGCGCGUUCCCGCGCCGGCAGCAUGCCCGCUGCGGUGGCGAAAGGCGGCAGCAGCAGCGGCACAAGUGGCAGCGGCGCGGUUGCUCGCACAUCCGCGACCGUGUUGGCGCCUACUGGGGCGGACGUGUCCACGAAGGACGGGCCGAACCGGCGCCCAAGCGCCGACCACCAUCCCCACCUUCACCACCACCGCGCAUCUACAGGAAACACGUCCGCGUUGCCCAGCACGACCGUCGUCCCGAAGCUGGCACUGAGCAGGCUGACGGGGAAUGACGCGGCGAGCAACGCAGCGACGAUAACGUCUGGGUCGUCAUCGAAGGGUGCCCGUGCGGGCGGGAGCGGCACGAAGCACGGUAGCAGGCAGCUGCCCCGCAAGUCCACCAACGGUACGGUGUCACCAGGGGAGCAGAGUCUAGGCAAAGCAAAAACUCUUUCUAGCCACACGCCACGUAAGGCUGGGCGGCCGUCGUAUCGCGGCAGCGAUGUCAGUGCAGAUGAAGGCGCUGCCGCUGCCGCUGCAAAGAAACUGGGCUCGAGCCAGUCGUCUCUGGUGGUGCCUCACAUGCCCGACAGCACCGCGGCGGGGACGGCGUCGUCAGCCGGCUCAACACGCAACUCGCGCAGUGAGGCCACCGGCAAGAAAGGUCGAUCCUCGCUCGCCCUUUUGCAAUUGCAAGCAUCGCAUAACAAAACUUCAUCCCCUCCCUCUCCUGCUGUGGCCGCAGCAUCGACGGUGGAUGCAACCGGCACGGCGGAGGCGGAGGCGAAGUACUCCGUUCCCGCCGCCCUUCAGCUCGGCUCCUCGGUGGUUGCCACGACGAGUCCGAUGUAUUCUGCUGGGACACCGGUGCGUGCGUCCUCUGCGACUGCCGUCGGCUACCAGUCCCCGCUGGAGCGUGGUGUGACGGCCAUCGGCAUCACCACCCGCACCGAGCCGCCCAUCGACACCAACAGCCCCGCAGACGAAGGAGAAACAGAAGUGGAAAAGGACAAGGAGGGAAAUGACAAAGACGAUCGUCAUGAGAGCCCCAGUGCGAGUGGCCGCAAUCCCACAGCUGACGCCUCGGAAGGCAACGAUGACGUCGACGGAUCUGCGGCGGCCAGCGAGAACGAUGAUGAGGCAGACUCGAGCAACCUGCCCUCGCUGGGCGCCACCACCGCGACCGACUUCAGCCCCCGCGCCACCGACUACCGCAGCCCAGUGCGACGCCGGCCAGUGGCCGUGACGCCGACGGAGGACGCCUCCGCUGCGACAUCACCAGAUACGAUGCGACGGUCCUACGUGGGUGCCAGCGCGUCGAGCGGGGAGUGGGCGAGUCUGGAGAGCGCCGCCUCCCCGCUGGCAGCCGCAGCGCCACCGAAGACACUCGAGAGGUUUCACCCGCAUGCGUUUUCGCUGACGCAGCCAGCGCUGAGCGAUGGGCGUCGCACCCCGCGGGAGGUUUCGCCGGCGCCGGUGACGGGCCGCACGGGAUCACCGAUCACCACCGUGCGUCGCUCUCAGCAGCUGGCCGCCAUCGCGGGACCGGCUGCAGCUUCUGCAAAAGCAGCGGCCUCCACGAAGGAGACUAACGUCUACGAGCUGGCCAGCACCGUGCCGAUUGUGCGUGCGCCGCUUAGCCGCGGCAACAGUCCCCGCGGGUCGCUGACCAGCUCGGUGCUGGUAAACCCCAUACUAGACACGCUGGUCCGCACCACGGGGCCUAACUUUGCCUCCACCCCGCCGGCCGUGCCGCACGACGCCAGCCCCGCACCGGUGGAGGGCCGUGGGGCCGGCCUGCGUUCGCCGCCCAACGGCAGCGUGGCGCCGCGGGUGCACGCAGCAUCGUCUGCGCGGCCGGACCUCCACCUCACACCAGCUUCCGGUGGUGGUGGUGGUGGUUCGAGCGGCACACCGUCGGCUGGCCGUGCGGCGUCUUCCCCCUCUCCCGCCGCACCGGUGUCGAGUACGGUGCACGCCGUUGUGUCGCCGUCCACGCAGCCGCCGAACAGCUUGUCAGCGAAGGUGGAACGCCUCCGGUUAGUGCCGCCGUCGAAUAUCGCGGACGUGCGCGGUCCGUCGGCGAUCCCGGUGUGCGCGUCGCGCCGGACCGUGGUGAAGCUGGGACCCUCCUUUGCGUCCCCGAACAGCAACAGCAACAGCAUCAACAACAGCAGCAACAGCGGCAUUCCCGCGCACCCCAUCUCGCGCUCCCUCUCGCCGCUCCAGCCGGCACCGCAGAACUCGGCCGAUGUGCCGCGCCCGCCUGAGGCGCCGGCGGUGACCCGCCCGCGUGAGCCCGCGCUCGCCGCACGCGACGCUGAAACGGCAGCAGCAACGACGGCGCCGAGCUUCGCCGUUCCCUCCGCCGUGGAUGCUGCGACGCCCAAGACCCCGCUGCCCUCUACCACUUCCACCACCACCACCGCCGCCGCCAUCGCUGGGCCAGCGAGUUGCUCGUCGCUGUCGCUGUCUACCGCGACGUCACACCCCACGGUAGGAGUGGUGCGUCAGCGCAAUGACAGCACUCAGCUCGUGCUGGGUCAUCCCACGAGCACAAGCAGCGCGGGCGGGCGAGAAGGCAACCUCGCGUUAUCGGUGUCGCAGCUGGGCGUCUUCACGCCACGGGGAACGCGUCUGCUGACGGAGCCGCCGCAGCUCAGCUCCGGCCGCAGCUCCGCCACGCUCCCCGCCGUACUGUCCGGUAAUAAUAAUAAUAAUUACUAUCAUAGUAGCGGUGGUGGUGGUGUUGGUGCGCCGACGUCCCCCACGCCGCCGCCAUCGCGUGGGAGUCGCACAAUGCUUUUCCUCACCUCACCCAGUGCGGCGGUGUCGGACCUGGAGCCGCCGCACAGCAGACCGACCACACCGCUGGGCAGUGGCCGGGUCAGCGUGAAGGCGUUGGACCUGCAGCUGCUGCACACAUCGAUGAACACAAUAACAGCCGCUGCUGGUGGUGGUGGGGCGCAAGGCGGAACGCGUCUGCCGGUUUCAUCGUCCGUUGGCCACGCAGGAGGCAAGUCUCCGCGAUAUAACGCCAAGCCUGGCGCGCUCAGUGCCUCGACGAGCAGUCUUCACCUCGGUGUCACGCGCUCGCCGCGGAAGCCCCUCGCCCCCGGUGCGGGCAGCAGCGGCAACACCGGCAACAGCGGCUCCGCAUCGCUGAUGGCGUCACUUGAUGGCGCCGGUGCGGCUUCGUUGCGCAGCCCACUCAACUCGGGUCGUGCAGCGAUCUCCCCGCACGAGUCCGGCUCACGAAAAGCACCGUCGAGAACCACUUCUCCCCGUCGAGGCCCCCUGUCGCCGCGCACGACCCUGCAUUCUCGGACUGCUGCAGCCGCGGCGAGUAGUGGCAAUAGCAACGCCAUAGCCGCUGAUCCGUCCUCCCCCGCUGCUGCGGCCUCCUCUGCGGCGGCCACGUCACCGGUAGCGUUGGGUGUCCCCGUUCAAUUGGUGCACCCGCAGCCCGCACCGACGCAGGGUGCGGCCCGUGUCGUGCAUCCGCGCCACCCCAUGACCCUAAUCAGCAGCAAACCAUCGUCCGGCGUAACGCUCUCCCGCUACUCCAACAUGCCGGCUGUAGCCCCCACGCGAGCGUCAACGAACAAGCUGCCGCCUGCGAGCGCAGCCGGCUCGUACGACAAGCAGCUGUCUACGACGGGUGCUGCGGCUGCCUCUAACGCCACGUCUUCCAACAACGGAGCGAAGGUGCGGCAGAGCCCGACGGCGGAGUCGGCUAGCGUCGGCAACACCGAGUCGGAGGCCCCGAUGUACCGUCGUAAUGCGCGUACGCUGCGGCGCAUUGUUGUGCCGCGUCCAUCCUCGCAGUCCUCGACCGCGUCGAUGGUGUCACCGCAGGAGAUGGGCGACGAGGGGGAGUCAUCGGCCUCUCCCGCGACCUCUGCUUUGUGA